AUGUUGAUCAAAAUCAAUAAAUUGCUACAGGUGUCGAGGCAUUCUAUCAGCAGAAUAGUUAAAGAGACGUGCGCAUGUCUUAUCGAGGCUUUGCGGGAUUAUGUCAAGCUACCCUCUACCGAAGAAGAAUGGCUUGCAAUCUCAAGACGAUUUGAGCAGCGCUGGAGAUUUCCUCACGCAAUAGGUGCAAUCGAUGGGAAGCACGUUGAAAUUAUUUGCCCUCGUAAUAGCGGAUCCGAAUAUCACAACUAUCAAAAAAUUUUUAGUAUUGUAUUAAUGGUUGUGGUCGAUGCUGAUUAUAACUUUUUAUGGGCAGAUGCUGGUGGUAAGGGAGGAAUAUCGGACGGUGGAAUAUUUAUAAACACAAGGCUGUAUCACAAGCUAGAAAACGACCAACUAAACAUUCCACCAGCAACGCCAUUGCAGGUCCCGUACCAAACCCCAGUCCUAUACUUUAUUCUCGGUGACAAGGCAUUUGCCUUUACCAAUUACUGCUUAAGACCGUACAGCGGGGUGCAUCCUUCUGAUUCAAUGGAGCGUACAUUCAACAAAAUGCACUCUACUUGUCGUAUGCCAGUUGAAAAUUCGCUUGGAUUAGAGAUUAGCGAAUCGAUGGAGAGUGCUCAAAGAUUGAUCAUGGAGAAACUUAACUAUAGCUACGUACACGAUAGCGAUUCGCCCAAACACAUUAUCGGACGAAUUGGCCAUCGACCCGCUGAAAUAGCGGAGUAUCACGGACGAUCGUAA